GAGGAAAUAACCCCUCCGAUUUUGAAGUUUGAAAAAGUAAAGGAGCUCGCAGCUCUUUUAUUUUUCGUUCUAAUGAUCCAACAUCCAAACAAAAAUCCAAUAAGCAUAGCUAUUCAUUCAUUCUCCUUCGCCAUGAAAAUUCUAAUUACGAGUUAAUGCGAUGGAUGAAACCUCUUCUAUCUUGUUGCCUACUCAGAGAUACGCAGCUGCUGCUCUGUUUGCUCUCGCACUUCACCACUCUCAGAUCCAUCAAUCUCAAACUCCCGAUACUCCUCACGCCGAUGCCGACGGUGAUGCUACUAGCCCCGCCUCCGCCAAGGCUUCUGUUUCCGACGAUUCUGACCUUUGGAUCCACGAUAAGCGUGGUUUGCUCUUCCCAGUGUUUAGGUUUCUCGGAGUGGAUGACCAAGCGUGGUGUGGCCUAAAGGAAACUGCAGGUUCUUCUCCUCAAGUCAGGGAUCACGUUGGAGCUUUCUUGAAACUACUGUCCGAGGAAGGUGAUGCAGCUUCUUCAGAAAGACUGGCUAAAGAAGCUGCAUUGGCCAAGGUUCUUGAUAUCACAGUUGAAAGCAAGGAAACUGAUGCUGAUUCUUCAGGCGCAGAACGUGGAAGCCAUGAGUUGAAAAAUGGAAACCAAGGAGAUUCAAGCAAUGCUACGACAGAAUCAUCUGCUGUGGUUGCUCAGCCACGUCAUGAAACAAUCGAGAGCUCAGUUCUGGUGCCUCAGAAGAAAGAAGCUUCCCUUGCACUUGAAAAUGAUGUUUUUGAAGAACCUUUGGAGGAGGCAACCCAUAUCAGUUACCAGAGGAAAGUGACAGUUCUUUAUGCACUUCUUUCAGCUUGUGUAGCAGAUAUUGCUAAGGAUGACAAGAACUGCUGUCGUGCAAGGCAGGGGUAUGAUGCUCGUCACCGUGUUGCUUUGCGGUUGCUUGCUUUAUGGCUCGGUGUCAAGUCGAAUGAAAUGGAAGCAAUGGAGUCAAUGGUUGUUUAUUCAGUAAUGAAUUCAGCGAUUAAAGGAGGAGACAAGGAGGAAGAAACUGUAGAAGCAGAAACCAACUGGGAUAAAUGGAAGCGUGGAGGUAUUAUUGGAGCAGCUGCUUUAACAGGAGGAACCUUAAUGGCUAUAACCGGUGGCUUGGCUGCCCCAGCAAUUGCCCAUGGAUUAACUGCUUUAGCUCCUACACUGGGCACUAUUGUUCCUGCCAUUGGAACUGGUGGUUUUGCUGCAGCAGCAACUGCUACAGGAUCUGCUGCUGGAUCAGUAGCCGUUGCUGCAUCAUUUGGAGCUGCUGGAGCUGGCCUUACUGGUAGUAAGAUGGCAACAAGAAUUGGAAGUCUUGAGGAAUUUGAGUUGAAAGAAAUUGGAGACAUUCAUCAGGGUCGUCUAGCAGUAGGAAUCUUCAUUUCAGGGCUUGCGUUUCAGGAAAAAGAUUUUGUAGAACCUUGGGAAGGUUACUGCAAUAACAUGGAGAGGUAUGUGCUUCAAUAUGAGUCACAAAUUUUGAUUGCACUAAGCACUGCCAUCCAGGACUGGAUCAGAUCAAAAAUUAUGCUCGAGUUGAUGAAAGAUGGUGCCAUGCUGACAGUAUUAAGUACCCUUGUGUCAGCAUUAGCGUGGCCUGCAACUUUAGUUACUGCAUUUGAUUUUAUAGACAGCAGAUGGGCAAUUGCAGUGGAUAGAUCAGACAAGGCGGGUAAAGUGCUUGCUGAUGUCUUGCUGAAAGGCUUGCAGGGAAACAGGCCUGUGACACUAGUAGGUUUUUCAUUGGGAGCCCGCGUUAUUUUCAAGUGUCUCCAAUGUCUGGCUGAGGCCGAAGGAGACAAUGCCGGACUGGUGGAAAGGGUUGUUAUCCUUGGAGCACCCAUCUCGAUUAAAGAUGAAAAUUGGGAGGCAGCUAGAAAGAUGGUAGCUGGAAGGUUUGUGAACGCUUACUCUAAGAAUGACUGGACACUAGGUGUAACUUUUCGUGCCAGUUUGCUUUCUCAAGGACUAGCUGGAAUCCAACCUGUUGAUGUUCCAGGGAUGGAGAAUAUUGAUGUGACACAAUUGAUAGAAGGCCACGCUAGCUACCUGCAGGAGACACGGAAUAUACUUAAGUACCUUGAAUUGGACAAUUAUAACUCUAUUUUCAGAAAUGAACCUGAAAGCCCCCAGGGGCAGAAGAGUACAGCGAGCUAGCUUGCAUUUUCUUUCCUUUUUCUCUUCCACUCUUCUGCUGCUUUGUUAACAGACUAAUAUCAAUAUAAUUUUCUCUCUUGGAUACUCCCUAUAUACGGAUAAACACUAAAGAGUGGUGUGGCUAGCAAUGUUUGUUGGUGGAUCGGAGCAGGUUGUGUUAGUACGAUUAGAAGGAAUAAUAAUGUUGUGUCAUUAAGUGUGUGGAGAUAGCUGAUAAGAUUGGAAGCUAAAAGAUCCCGAACUUCCUAUUGAAAGGGGGUUAGGAGACAAUUGAAAAAUGGUCAUAAUGUAUUAUUCUUUUUGAAGUUGUCUUACCAUAGUUACCUUCAUUUCUCUGUUUUAUAGCAUUUGUCGUCUA